UCCUCCUCUCUCUUUUCUUCCCCUUGUUUCCAUGACUUCUCGCACAGCUCUCUUUGCCACUUGAGGGUGUCCUCUCUAAGCUGGAUGCCUGGGCACAGCAUGGCGCUGUUUGUGGACAGCCUGCCGGGCUGCCUGCGUGCUGCAGCUUUCUGGACCUUGGUGUACUCCUAUUGUCUGCUCUGCGCUUGCACUGCGUUCAUCAAACUUUUCUGCAGUAUUUUAAUCAGGCCGAGGAGGACCUUUAAGAAGAUCCCCAGAGAGGUCACCCCGAGCUGCCUGAACGACCCUUUCCUAGGCACACACUGCUAUGUGCGGAUCAAGGAUUCUGGAUUACGGUUCCACUAUGUUGCUGCAGGGGAAAGAGGGAAACCGCUCAUGCUGCUUCUACAUGGAUUUCCAGAAUUCUGGUAUUCUUGGCGCCAUCAACUGCGGGAAUUUAAGCGGGAAUAUCGCGUGGUGGCUCUUGAUUUACGAGGAUAUGGAGAAACAGAUGCUCCUUCUUGCAAAGAGAAUUACAAGCUAGACUAUAUUAUUGUGGAUGUCAAAGAAAUUUUAGACUCUUUAGGUUAUUCCAAAUGUGUCCUUAUUGGCCAUGACUGGGGUGGGAUGAUUGCUUGGUUAAUUGCCAUAUGUUAUCCAGAGAUGGUCACCAAGCUUAUAGUUUUGAGUUUUCCCCAUCCAACUGUUUUUACAGAAUAUAUUCUACGACACCCUUCACAAUUGAUUAAAUCUGGUUACUACUUCUUUUUCCAAAUGCCUUGGCUCCCCGAACUCAUGUAUACUAUAAAUGAUUACAAGAUCCUUAAAGAUCUUUUUACCAGUGAUGCAACUGGCAUCAGGAAACAAAGUUGCAGGUUCUCAGAGGAAGUUAUGGAAGCAUACCUAUAUAUAUUUGCACAGCCAGGAGCCCUAAGCGGACCUUUAAACCAUUAUCGAAAUAUUUUCAGUUGCCUCCCUUUGAAACACCAUCAGGUGACCAUGCCAACUCUCCUAUUGUGGGGUGAAAACGAUGCAUUUGUUGAAGUGGAGAUGGCCGAACUCACCAGAAUCUACGUGAAGAAUUCUUUCCAGUUAUCAGUGCUGUCACAAGCCAGUCAUUGGCUUCAGCAGGAUCAGCCAGAACUGGUCAACAAUUUAAUAUGGACCUUUCUAGAGGAGAAGAGGUUUCGAACAAAGGACUGAUUUCAGGCACUGUUAUUUAUAGAUAGAAAAUCAAGGUCUACUUUUGCUUUUUGACCUCUUUCCUGAUAUUAUAAAAUCCAUCUAACAGGAAGCUGGUUAACAUAAAGAAAAACAGCAAUUAUUAAACAAAGGGCCAUAUUUAGCUUGUCUCAGUGAACAUGGUAAAUAUACUGUGUCUCUUAUAAUGUCACUGUGUAUUAUAAACCAGAGCGGAUUGUCCCGUGAGCUGUGUCAAUUGUUAAUGCCAGUCUGAAUUGUAGUGUUAUAUUUUGCACAUGCACAUGCCUUAACAUCUCUAAGUUUACACUGUACAACAACAAAAAAAGUCACGGAAGUCUAUGAUAUGUUGUGUUCUUUGCAAUUGUUGUGUGGUGCCUUGUAGAACUUUUUAAAAUUACAAUACAGGGGUGCCAUUGGCCAGCUGGUCAUAUGGGUAUAAUUUAAUUUUUAUUUUUUUACUGCGUUUUGUAACAUCACAAGUGUUGUCUCUAUAAAAUGACUUGUUUUGAUGCUGUGAGUCUUUGUACUGGAUUUAGUGGUGGUGGUACUGUUCGUGUUACUGCUUUGUCCUUGGUCAAUAGAAGGAUGUGAAAGUAAAACAUUUUAUCUCAUCCUAAUAGCUAGCACAAUGUAAACUAUAACACAAUCCUUUCGAGUUUUGGUUGAGGUACUCGAAAGAGGCCGUUCUUUAUAAAUAAGA